GAAGCUGUUAAUUGAUCAGGAAAAGGCCUACCAAGAACGAAAAGAGGAGGAGAACAACAAAAAGGUCACGAGUCUGAAGGAGGAGCUGACCAAACUCAAAUCAUUUGCGUUGACGGUUGUGGAUGAACAGCAACGCCUCACUGAGCAGCUAAGUCAACAGACAGCCAAAGUCCAAGAAUUUAGUGCCAGUGCCUUACAAGCCCAGGAGGAGCUGAGCUUGGCUAAUGCACGUCUGCAGGAAGAGGAGCACAAAGUAUUUCGACUGGAGUCUGAGCUGCGUGACCAAGCUAGCCGAUACCACCAGGAACAAGAGGCCAUGACUGCCAAAUUGACCAGCGAGGAUACCCAGAACAGACAGCUGCGCCAGAAGCUGUCCACUCUCAGCAGGCAACUAGAUGAGCUAGAGGAGACCAAUAAGACUUUGCGCAGGGCUGAGGAGGAAUUGCAAGAGUUGAGGGACAAAAUCAGCAGGGGCGAGUGUGGAAACUCCAGUCUUAUGUCUGAGGUUGAAGAGCUACGGAAAAGGGUGCUUGAAAUGGAAGGAAAGGAUGAAGAGCUGAUCAGGAUGGAGGACCAGUGUAGGGACCUGAACAGGAAACUGGAGAAAGAGGCCAGUCAAAGCAGAAGCUUAAAGGCCGAGGUUGAUAAACUGAACCAUAGAAUUAUGGACUUAGAAAAGCUGGAGGAUGCUUUUGGAAAGAGCAAGCAGGAAUGUAACUCACUUAAGUGCAACCUUGAGAAGGAAAAAACAGUAUCCAAGGUGUUGUCCAGUGAGCUGGAUGUCUUGAAGGUCAGGGUCAAAGAACUUGAAGCCGCCGAGAGCCAAUUAGCAAAGACAGAGCUAACACUGAAGGAAGAUCUCACCAAACUAAAAACACUGACAGUCAUGCUCGUGGAUGAAAGGAAGACAUUGGCAGAGAAGCUAAAGCAGAUGGAAAACAAGGUCCAAAACAGCACUGGCAAACUGCAGGCAGAGCAGGACAAAGUGACGUCUGUUACAGAGAAGCUAAUUGAAGAGAGUAAGAAAGCGCUAAGGUCAAAGGCUGAACUGGAGGACAAAAUGUGUGGUGCUACAAAAGAGAGGGAUGAGCUGAAAGCCAAGCUGAGUGCUGAGGAAGAAAAGUGCAAAGACUUGGACUCUAAGGUCAGCAUGAUGAAGAAAAGGCUGCAAUCACUUGAGAACAUAGAGCGAGAAUACAUCAGGAACAAAGCAAAAGAGGAACACAUUAAAACACCUAUUGCUAACCGCUUCCAACAAGAAGACAACAAAGUCAAGGAUUUGACACAGGAGGUUGAGCGCCUUAGACGUAAACUGAAAGACAUGAAGGUUGUUGAAGGUGAUCUACUGAAGACAGAGGAGUUGGAAUCACUGGAAAAGAGGUUCUCCAAUGAACAAGAGAGAGCCAAGGCCUUGAUGGAGGAGCUUGAAAUAUCCAGAAAAGAACUUUCCAAGUAUCAACUUGCCGAAAAGAAAGAGUGCAACCAAGAGCAUGUUCUUUAUAAACGCUUGAAGGAAGAGGAGGCAAAGUCCAGUCAUUUGACCAGAGAGGUAGCAGCUCUAAAAGAGAAGAUCCAUGAAUAUAUGGGCACAGAAGAGUCCAUUUGCCGCAUGAAAAAUGACCACUCUUCACUGCAGAGAAAAUUGACCCAGCAGGAGGUUAGAAAUAAAGAACUGGCCAGAGAAAUGGAGACUCUCACCCGUGAGCUAGAGAGGUACAGACGCUUUAGCAAAAGUCUCCGCCCUGGCAUGAAUGGCAGGCGCUUUUCAGACCUGCAUGUAUCCACCAAGGAGGUCCAGACUGAACCCUCUGACCUUCUGUCUCCCAACUGCAAGACCAUGGUGCCACUGGAAUGUGCUGUGGUGAAUGGAAAACUAUAUGACGGGAGCAAAGCUGAAGAUGACACAUAUUACAGCAACGAGCUUCGGCUCUCAAAGUGCAGCCCUUCACUCAUCAAUAAUGUAAACAACCUCAACAAUAACAUGAAAAGGGCCCGAGUACCGUUCCUAAAGAGCAAGGAGAGUCCACAUCUUGUCAAUGGUAAAAUACAGCCAAGGCAGAAUGGCAAUAAUAUCCAGCCUGGGGAUGUGGUCCUGACUCAUAGUCCUGGUCAGCCUCUGCACAUAAAAGUGACUCCUGACCAUGGACACAAUACGGCCACGCUGGAGAUCACCAGCCCAACCACAGAGAAUGCCCAGUCAUACACCAGCACUGCCGUCAUCCCCACAAGUGGUGGACCUCCCAAACAGAGAAUUACCAUAAUUCAGAAUGCUUCCAUUUCUCCCACUGCAAAAUCUAUUUCCCCCACAACUAAAUCUAAAGGUUCACCACUGUCUGAUGGAUCAUCCACUCCUGAUAGGGCCCUAUCACCUUUCACCAUGGCCACCUACUCCCGAGCAAUGACUCCAGACUCCUCUGGCUCUGUCACUCCGGACAGAGCAAUGUCACCCAUACAGAUUGUGUCCGUGACAACAGGCACCCCAGACCGGUCCCUUUCGACAGAACCAGUAGAGGUUGUGGGAGGUCAUGCCAUCUUCCGUGUGACCCCCGAGAGGCAGAGCAGCUGGCAGGUCCAGAGGUCCAACAGCUCAGGGCCGAACGUCAUCACCACAGAGGACAACAAAAUCCACAUUCAUUUAGGGAGCCCCUUCAUUCAGAGCAUCAGCAGUCCGACACAGGUGCUGAGUCCAUGCAGCACGCCUGGGCUUCAGGAGCAGAGAACUCAAGCGUUGGCCAAUGGCAGUGCCCCUGCUGCCAAAGGCAACAGCAAAAUCACAAGUAGUAUCAUGAUUAAGCCCACCUCCACCCCAAUCCAAAGGCCAUCACAAAUUACAAUACCUUUAGAGGCACUCCGACGACCAGGACCUACGAGAAUCCCCAAACCCAAAGGCUACAGCUCCCCGAAAGCCCCUAACAACACCGCUGCCAUCAACCUCGGACCGCCAAACAAGGGCCAGCCGCUGCAGGCUCACCUCCCCGCUGGGAAAAACCAGCCCAUCCCCAUGGCUGCAGUCAACAACAACAACAACCCAAACCUGGUUAAUCGCAGGUUGUGACAUCAACGUUCUGUAAAAGAAGCCUUGAUGAUGUGGAAGUUUGUUUCCACAUGGUGCGAAGCUUUCCUGUCUGGCACUACUUAGCUUAGCGUCACUCAUCCAAAACGAUAAGAUACCGCUAUGCAGCAAGCUGCUCUGUGGCUGGAG